AUGUCAGACUCAUUGGUGGAGCUACAGACAGAGGGCAAUGAACUUACCCUGUCGACAACAAAACUUGCGACAGAGUUAAAUGCAUUUGAUAUCAGACUUGAACGACAGUCAAACAAUCAAACUUCUUUGUUCGAACUACUUAAGCAAUGCAACGAGAGACUUGACAAAUUGGAUCCGAUCAAAAGUGUAUCCGUAGACUCUCAACAACAAGAAACGAAAGAAAGAAACACACAACUUGAACAAGAAGGUGAAACAAAGUCGAUACCUAUACUUCAAAACAUAAACAUUGAAAUGGUGCAGCCCGGCAAAGUAAUGUGUGUCAUUUGCAAACAAUCUCUCGACCCCGAUGAGCUUUUGGAUCAUUUGAAACGACAUAAUAUGCUUGAAAGAGGAUUUCAGGCGCCAAAACAAAAACCAACAAUCAGCACAAUUCGAGCCGUACCUCCCGUUGUAAAUAAUGGAGAAAUGAAGACUCCGGUAUUACAUACGCUUGUAUCCGUAAAGGACACUAAUGCAAUUGAGAUGAUUGAGUGUCCAAUUUGUUCAAAAGAGUUUAAUCGAAUCAUCAUUGACACGCACAUUCAGACACACUAUGUUAAGAUGUAA